AUGGACGCCUUCUCCUCGUCCCAGGUGUUCUACGACAGCGCUUGUGCCUCCUCGCCCGAGGGUUUGGACUUUGGGCCCGGCGGCGAGCUGGCCGGUUCGGAGGAGGACGAGCACGUCCGGCUCCCCGGCGGCGGGCCCCACCAGUCGGGCCACUGCCUCCAGUGGGCCUGCAAGGCGUGCAAGCGCAAGAACAGCACGGUGGACCGGCGUCGGGCCGCCACUAUGCGCGAGCGCCGCCGCCUCAAGAAGGUCAACCACGCCUUCGAGGCCCUGCGCCGCUGCACCUCGGCCAACCCCAGCCAGCGGCUGCCCAAGGUGGAGAUCCUGCGCAACGCCAUCCACUACAUCGAGAGCCUCCAGGACCUGCUGCACGAGCAGGUGGAGUGCUACUACGGCCUGCCCAGCGGAGGCUCCGGCGGCGGGACCGGGGAGAGCGGCUCGGAGCCGUCCAGCCCCUUAUCCAGCUGCUCCGACGGCAUGAUGGACUGCAACAGUCCAGUGUGGACUCAGAUCAAAACAACUUAUGGAAACACAUACAGCUAUGAGACACAAAACGUAGCUGCAGUGGGCAGGAUCCCCGCCACGUCCAGUCUGCAGUGCCUGUCCAGCAUUGUGGACCGGCUGUCUUCUGUGGCCCCCGCCGGCCCUCUUGGCGUGAGGGAUAUGGUUACCCUCUCGCCCUCCAGCUCCGACUCCUCCCCUGCCACCCCAGACACCCCGACCUCCAACACCAGGCCGGUCUACCACGUGCUGUGAAGAG